AUGGAGUCGAUAAUGGAGAAGCCGAUGAUGGACGCUGCCGCGGGCGGCGGCGGUGGAGGAGGAGGAACAGGGAUCGGGCGGACCAAGUCGGAACAGCUGGCGCCGUUGCAGUCGCUGAGCCGGACGCCGUCGGCGGAGACGGUGCUGAGCACGCCGGCGGACGCGCCCAGCCUGUCGCGCAAGUCCAGCUUCGGAAGGAAGCGGCGCUCCGCGUCGGUCGGCGGCGGCAACAACAACAGCCACAUCCGCAAGUCCCGGAGCGCGCAGCUGAAGCUGGACGUGGAGGACCUCGUCGGCAGCGGCGCCGCGCUCAGCCGCGCCUCCAGCGCCAGCCUCGGCUUCUCCUUCACCUUCACCGGCUUCACCCCGCCGCUCCAGCACAUGUGCUCCGCCGACCCACCGCCCUUCAGCGACGACGACGAGAACCCGAUGGACAUCGAGGCCGGCACACGGCGCAAGAAGCUCAUGACCGAGCCGACCUUGCCGAUAUACCUCAAGUUUGCGGAGGUGAAGUACAGGGUGGCGGGGAAGGGCUCGCCGCGGGAGAUUCUGGGAGGGAUAUCCGGGUCGGCGUCCCCCGGCGAGGUGCUGGCGCUGAUGGGCCCGUCCGGCAGCGGCAAGACGACGCUGCUGAGCAUCCUGGGCGGGAGGGCCGGCAGCGGCGCCGUCAAGGGCUGCAUCUCCUACAACGACGAGCCCUACAGCAAGUCCCUCAAACGCAGGAUAGGAUUUGUGACUCAAGAUGAUGUUCUCUUUACCCAUCUUACUGUGAAGGAGACAUUGACUUACGCGGCACUACUUCGUCUCCCAAGAACAAUGACACGACAACAAAAGAAAGAGCGGGCGAUGGACAUCAUAUAUGAGCUUGGUCUUGAAAGGUGCCAGGACACAAUGAUCGGAGGAUCAUUUAUACGUGGGGUUUCUGGGGGUGAAAGGAAAAGAGUUUGCAUUGGAAAUGAGAUUUUAAUCAAUCCAUCUUUACUGUUUCUGGAUGAGCCAACAUCUGGGCUGGAUUCAACUACAGCUCUAAGGAUCGUUCAACUUCUUCAUGACAUAGCUGAGGAUGGGAAGACGGUAAUCACCACAAUUCACCAACCAUCUAGCAGGCUGUUUCAUAAGUUCGACAAGCUUAUCCUCUUGGGAAAAGGAAGUUUGCUAUACUUUGGGAAGGCAUCUGAAGCCAUGCCAUACUUCCAGUCCAUUGGAUGCACCCCACUUAUUGCAAUGAACCCUGCAGAGUUUCUACUGGAUCUCGUCAAUGGAAACACUAAUGAUGUCUCAGUCCCUUCAGAAUUAGAUGACAAGGUGCAUAUGGAGAAUAAUAAUUCCAAGAAUGACCACAGGCCAUCAGCACAAGAUGUUCAUGAGUAUUUGGUAGAUGCCUAUGAGACUCGAGUGGCUUUUAAGGAGAAGAAGAAGCUUCUAGCACCACUGCCUAUUUGUGAUGAUCUGAAGGCAACUAUAACAUCAUCGAAGCGAGAGUGGGGCACUUCCUGGUGGCAGCAAUACUCCAUCCUCUUUUGUAGAGGGAUCAAGGAACGACAACAUGAUUAUCUGAGUUGGAUGAGAAUCACCCAAGUCAUAGCUACAUCGAUUAUCUUAGGUUUAUUGUGGUGGCGCUCUGAUCCCAGCACACUAAAAGGUCUAGAGGAUCAGGCUGGCCUACUGUUUUUCAUUGCUGUGUUUUGGGGUUUCUUUCCUGUGUUUACUGCAAUCUUCACAUUCCCUCAAGAGAGGGCAAUGUUGAACAAGGAGCGUGCAGUUGACAUGUACAAGCUCAGUGCAUACUUCUUGGCGAGAACAACAAGUGAUCUACCGCUUGACCUUUUCCUCCCUGUCAUAUUUAUGGUGAUCGUCUACUUCAUGGCAGGCCUCAAAGCAACUGCCACACAUUUCUUUCUUAGCGUGCUGACUGUCUUUCUCAGCAUAAUUGCUGCUCAGGGACUAGGAUUGGCAAUUGGAGCUACCCUGCUGGAUAUCAAGAAGGCAACAACUCUAGCUUCAGUUACUGUCAUGACAUUCAUGCUAGCAGGAGGCUUCUUUGUAAAGAGGGUUCCGCCGUUCAUCUCCUGGCUGCGCUACCUGUCCUUCAACUACCACACCUACAGGCUCCUGCUGAAGGUGCAGUACGAUCCCGUGCCGGACAUCCUGACCACCACGAAACACAUGGACAACGGUGCCACUGAGGUGGCAGCUCUCGUCGCGAUGAUCAUCGGGUACCGGGUGCUGGCCUACCUGUCCCUGAGAAGGGUGAAGGCCGGAAGCAGCUAG